UUGUGUGCAACACAUUGACAAUGAAAAUGAAUAAAAACCACGAAACUCAACACAACUCCUGUUCCAACUAUGUCAUGGAGAGAAUCUUUUUGGCCACGCUAAGGAGUCAGCGUCAAACGCGUCGCGGCACGUCGGCAGCUGCUCUCGGUCCGCUGGCGCCAAUUGUCAAGACGACCAGUGACCCCGGAGACCCUGAACAACAACAAAACGAGCAGGAGGAAGACGAGAGUAGGAGAAGAGGAACACCGGAGAGAGGAACAGCUCACCAGCAACACAACAACGCCCAGGGGUCAAAGGUCAUCAUGAGCGAGCGGCACGAUGGUGGCGAGCGCGCCCAGGAGAGGCUGGCGCGGGUCACUUCCUGUUUCCAGACGCUGGUGCGCCUCACUUCCUGUUUCCAGCAGUUGGCGGUCUCACUGGGAAGCUCAGCCGACUGCGCCUUCCUCAGGCGCGAGAUUGCACACGUCAGGGCGCUCGCUACAAACGUCGCCAACGGCCUGUCCUGCCAUCUCACGCAUCUCCUGUCCAACUGCAACUCGGGCCCGGCGGGUCCUGACUCUUCAGCAGAGCGACAAGAGCUGGAGCGCGUGUGGGUCCACUUCCUGUCCGCCAUGGAGAACUUCCUGCGGGACCUGCGCAAGGUUAGCGACCUGAUUGUGCGCUUCCCACUGGGCCAGAAAAAGGACCGCCGCUCAUUGAUCAACACAGGGUGUCUGGACGGAGUGGUGGGCGUGGCCACGAGGGCCGCCUCGGUUCGGACACCUUGGAUGGUCUCCGACGUGGACGACCUCUACCAGGGCUCGGGUCUUCAGGAACACCUCAAUAGCCUGGAAGCCAUGAUGAGCGACAUGCAGCUCAGGGUUCCUGUAGCAUUCUGGUCAGUGGAGGCCACGCAGACGACGUGCGGCGAAAUCACCGACGAGGCCGAAGAAAGCCUGGAAGAGGCGUCCGUCGAGGAGUCGUCCGUUGAGGAGUCAUUCGUCUGCUGCCGGCCAUCGACACGCUCGGGCCUCGGCUGCGGCUGGUCAUAGC